ACUCGUAUUAGUCAACCUGCAUCACGGAGUUGUACUCUAGCAUUUCUUUUUCUUUUCUUUUUUUUUUAAAAAAAAGAGAGGAACAGUGUUUAGAGUUUUCACUUACCCUCUCCCUCCCAAAUUUGGCAUACAAAAAUCAUGAAUUAUUAAUCAGGCUUCCAAAUUUCCCUCAAAUUUCGAUGGCGUCUCACAAUCAUCUCGACGAUGAUGAUGAUUUUGGCGGCGAUUUUCCCGGUAGUCACAAUGGCAGGCGUUCAGGUAAUAAAAGAAGCUUUGGAGAUCUUGAGGACGAUGAAGAUGAUAUUUUUAGCUCAAAGAAGGGUAAUACAAAGGUAGAGGAAACUGCAAUGAUUUUGGCGCUACGUGAGAGUCUUGAGAAUUGUAAAAAUGCACUCACGACAUGCCAAAUGGAGCUUGAAGCUGCAAAAUCUGAAAUUCAGAAGUGGCGUUCUGCAUUUGAAAAUGAAUCUUUCAUGCCCACUGGGGCAUCUCCUGAACCUAAAUUAGUGAUCAAUUAUCUUCAGGCCCUGAAAUCCUCCGAGGAGUCUUUGAGAGAACAGCUAGAAAAAGCAAAGAAAAAAGAAGCUGCCUUUAUUGUAACUUUUGCAAAACGAGAGCAAGAGAUAGCAGAGUUGAAGUCUGCAGUUCGAGACUUGAAAGCACAGCUCAAGCCACCAUCAAUGCAGGCAAGGAGGCUGCUGCUGGAUCCAGCAAUUCAUGAGGAGUUUACACGUUUAAAGAACUUGGUUGAGGAGAAGGACAAAAAGGUCAAGGAACUGCAGGAUAAUAUUGCUGCUGUUAAUUUUACUCCACAAAGCAAGAUGGGGAAGAUGCUGAUGGCAAAAUGUAGGACCCUGCAAGAGGAAAAUGAGGAGAUUGGGAAUCAAGCUGCUGAAGGAAAGAUGCAUGAAUUAGCAAUGAAACUUGCCUUGCAGAAAUCUCAAAAUGCAGAACUCAGGAAUCAAUUUGAAGGACUUUACAAACAUAUGGACGGCCUGACAAAUGAUGUGGAGAAAUCAAAUGAAAUGGUAGUUAUCUUGAAAGAGAAACUAGAAGAGAAGGAUAAUGAGCUUAACAGGUUGAAACUUGAGCUCCAGCAGAAACGCCUUGGAGAGGAGGGACAAACUGAUUCAGCUCCUAAUGAUUUAGUUAGCAAUGAAAUGAUUAUACCUAAACAAGAAACUGAGACCGACUAGAUUUUAUCAUUUUUUUAUCCCUCUCCAAAUUUGUCGAAGCAGCAUAAGAAAUGCCAACUGGUCCCUCUGGAGAAAAGGAGAACCUUAAUUCCCAAGUUCUUAGGCGGUCCAGCGCUAUUCACUUUUUCUGGAUGCACGCUAAAAGAUACAUAACCUGUAUUGCGAACCCAGAGCUUAAAGGGGAGGCUAGGUCGGAAAAUUAGAGACAGCAAGUAGAAAAUAAACAAGCCUGUUGGCUUGUUAUAUGGCAAUGCUACGGAAACAGAAAUCACUUGGUUAAUGAAACAUCUGUUCCCUUCGUAUGGGGGGAAUAGUCAGUGGUCAGUACGUGUCAUCAAUUUGAGGUGGGAAGAAAUGAAUGUAGGAUGGCACUACCAUCAAAAUGAUGCAGGCAGGCAAUUCUCAGUAAUCUGAAAAGCUUGAAUAAAAAAGGUGCAAGUCUUAUCAACAUCUUCAUUAAAUAAUUAAUUAAUAGUUGUUUGUCUUCACAUAUUA